AACUGUCAAAAAUUGAAGUAGAACUGUCAAGAGUGUCAAGGUGCCGAAUGUUGACAUUUCGUAAAUGGAAAGCAGUAGGUAACAAAUUUGCCUAACAAAGUAGUAUUUUGAGUCCUGAAAAAUAUCCUUCAAUAUAAAAGUGCAUUGGACCUAUACAAAAAUAGCGCCAUUGAACAGUCAUACUAGGGGCUGUAACAAAUCAACUAAUUUAUUUCAAUCCUUACUGGUUACAAGUAUUUAUUUAAUAGAGAUUAUCCUACAAUGAGAUUGUAGUUAUUUAAAUCUAGUUUUAGCAUACAUUUAUUAACAGUGUCUAACAUGAGCCGCCACGAAGGGGUCAGCUGUGAUUCCUGUUUAAAAGGAAAUUUUAGAGGCCGUAGAUAUAAAUGUCUAAUUUGUUUUGAUUAUGAUUUAUGUGCUGCUUGUUAUGAAUCAGGGGCUACAAAUACUCGCCACACUACUGACCAUCCCAUGCAGUGCAUUCUAACUAGAUCUGACUUUGAUGUAUAUUAUGGAGGUGAAGCAAUAAGUACUCCUGAAAUGCCUCAAUCUUAUACAUGCCCAUAUUGUUCACGUAUGGGCUUUACUGAUGUAACAUUACAGGAGCAUGUGACUGCUGAUCAUCAAGAUACAAAUUUCGAUGUGAUUUGCCCUCUGUGUGCUGCAAUGCCAGGUGGAGAUCCUAAUCUAAUAACUGAUGACUUUGCUGGUCAUUUAACUUUAGAGCAUCGUUCAGGGCCCCGGGACCUUAUAUCAUUUUUAGAUGAACCUGUAACAACCCGUCCCAAUGUGAGACGUAUUCAACAUAAUACUUCAUCUCAUUCUAGUUCAGCAAGGGGUGCUUCUUCUCUAAGACCUCGGAGAUCCAAUAUGCAUUUUAGUGUUUUUAGCUCCAGCGGUCUGUCAUCUCUAAGUCCUUCUUCAAGAGAAAAUGUAGAUCCUAUUGCUGAGUUAUUGUCUCAGCUUUCUGGGGUAAGAAGGUCAACUAGCAGUACUUCAAGUAGUACUCCAACUCAACUUCAGCAAUUGCAAAUGCAACUCCAGUUGGAAAGACAGCAAGUGAACGCGGCCAGACAGAAUUUAGAACGUUUUCCUAGGCGUCAAACUCAAAGUCAGACUUUGAGAGAAGCUCAUACUUCAAAUUUUGGCUCUUCAACUAUUUUGCUCAAUGCUUCACCUGUUCUGAUUCAGCCUUCUAAUAGUACAACAUCUGCACCUGCCCAAGGCUACAGUUCUCAAUUCUUACUUUCUGGUUUAUUAGAAGAGAUGUCAAUGAAUUCAAUUUCUAAUGAGGAGCGUCAUGACCGCUCAGCUUUUGUUCAGGAACUGGUGUUAUCCUCAAUAUCAAAUGGCACUCAAGAAGAAAGUUGUCUUGAACAGUUUAAUCAACUAAUUGAAUCUAGUCGCACUGCUGAGGUGAUUGAAGAAGAGGAAAUAAGACCUCAGCGUCAAAGUACAGUCCUUAGGGGCAGAGCUAGACAAGAUAACCAAAAUGCUAAGAGAAGAGCUGAAGCUAAUCGUAAAGACAAAACCAAGAACUCUGACCCUGAGGAAAAUAGAUAGUUCAAUUAUUUAGAUUUUAAAUUCUUGUGAUAGUUUUGUUUUGUUCAUUCUGUGAGACAUUCAAAAUGGCUUGUUAAUUAUUCUUUUAUAAAAAAGAAUCAUUGUCUUUAAGAAAUUUAUUCAAUUUUGUAUUUCUUUAGUGAACUGCUUUAAAUUUCACUAGCUUGCACAUUAUCCAUUCAUCUGAUUUCUAUUUAUUUCCAAAGAAAGAAAUAUGUAUGAAGGGUUUGGAUAUUUAAAUUGUUAAAUAUUUCAUUGGUUUGGAACUGUAUGUUAACUCCUAAUAGUACCUAUUUAUGUUUGAAUUCUUUAAUACCUUUAAAUAAAAGAGUUGCUAUAGUAUAUAAAAAUAAUUUAUUAUUGAUGUACAUGUACAACAUAUAAAGACAAAUUAAUUUAUAGUUCUGCUUAAAUAAAUUAAAACUAUACAUUUUGGCAGAUGAAAGCUUUUACUCAAUUUUAGUACAAGCUGGUAUAUGUUUUAGUUUUGUUAACAGAUGCAAUUUAGAAUGUAUUAGUCAUCUAUGUCUACCAUGUGUCCAGUUACUGUAGCAGAUUGAUGAUAUCUUCUUCUAUUUGAGAAAUCUUCAUUGUCUUCAUUUAAUUGUGCUGUUGACACAUCUAAACCUGGAUGCACAGGUGUAACAACAAUUUGUUCAUAAUCAGUUACCCUUUUGCUAAAAGAAUUAAAAGAUAUGCAACAAUAUAAUGAAUGUUUUAAAUGUUUAUUCCACUGAUAACAACUGUACUCUUACCCAAAGCAACGCAAAAGUACUGUUUUCAACCACCUUAAAAAGUGAAAUUCACUCGCUAAUCCAGGCUUUACUGCUGGAUUGGCUGUUCCAAUGUAUAACCAGACUAAAAAUACCACACUUAUGCAAGCAAUUGCAUAAACCCAACUCACCAAAAACAUUAUAAGAAUUUUUAUAAGAGCCUACAAUGAAUAAAGUCUA